AUGGAUAUUACCAAAGUAUUGGAAUUAGAGAAUGAGAAUGUAUUGCUUCGUUCAGAGUUACAAUAAUUGUAUGAAGAACUUGAUUAGUACAAAAUACAUUUAUAAUUUAGAAAAUCUACAGAUUAGAGAUUGAUUGAAGAAAAUAACCAUUUAAGAUAAGAAAUUAUAUAACUUAAUUAAAAGCUUUAACAAUCAGAAUAGUAAAAAUAGUUAAUAACACUCAAAUUGAUAGAUUAAUAAGAACUUAACAUCAAAUUAAGUAAAACUAUCAUCAAUUUAUAAACAAAUAUUAAUGAUACCUAACUUGAUGGUUGUUAAAAUAACAAUUAAUGUAUCCUUUAAAACAAUUAGAACAAUAACUACAUCUAGCAAUUAUAAAUUUUAAGAUAAAGAUACUAAAAUAAAAAUGAAUUAGAUAGUUAAUAUAAAGAUUAAGAAAUAUAAAAAUUAUAUGUCCAAUUAUCUGAAUUAUAAAAAAUAAAUAAUAAUAAUAGAUAAUCUAAACCUAUGAAUAAAGAAAAUCUGACAAAAUCUGUAUAUAGACCUAGAGGAGUCUCAGAGAAUAAAUUUAAUAGUUUUGAAACACAAUUAGCAGAAUCUAGAAUAUUUCGUUGA